AGAGAGGUGGGGAAAAAGAGACUGCAGCUGGGCGGGGACAAGCCAAUAGAGUGUCAGUCGUGUCGCACAUUCACAUAUCCAGGGCACGUAUAUUUAAAUACACACCUAUACACGAGCUAGAGGUCUGGACGUUGAUCGCUCAGGGAUGGGACUGGGUCGGCACAAACUCAUUUUGCUGGUUCUGGUCUUGUCAGUGUCGGUGCUGCUCUACCUGCUGCUGCCCUCCGGCCAAUCCGAGCGAGCUAUGGAGCAACAAACCGAGUCCCUUUCCUCCGACCCCCAGAGCAACAUCACCGUGCGCAGCGCGACCCUCUCCGGGGACUGGCCCACCUUCUACAGGGAGGCGGUGCCGCGCAACGGGAUGGACGGGGUCGGCUCGGAGAGGUUUGUGGUGCUGCUGCUUCACGGCCGCUCCUUCACCUCUAAAACAUGGCAGGAUCUGGGCACACUGAGCAGCUUAGCAGAACACGGGUACCGAGCUGUGGCCAUAGACCUUCCAGGGUACGGCGAAUCUCUACGUUCUCAGCCCAUGUCUUCAGAAAAAGGGCGAACUGAUUACCUUCUUCAUGUCAUGGAGAAUCUGGGGGCACGUCAGCCAGUGUUGGUCUGUCCUUCCAUGAGUGGGCUCUUCUGUCUGCCGCUCCUCAUGCAGCACCCUGACCGACUGAGAGGCUUCGUCCCCAUUGCUCCAGUGGGCACCAAGAGCUUCAAACAGGAGCAGUAUCAGCAGAUACAGGUUCCCACCCUCAUUGUGUAUGGGACUCUUGAUACCAACUUAGGCAGCCAGUCCUUGGAGAGCCUUCAGCUACUGCCUCAUCACAGGCUGCUGCCACUAGAGGGAGCUGGUCAUGCAUGUUACCUGGAUAGACCUGAAGAAUUUCAUGCAGCUCUAAUUCAGUAUCUGAGUAAUCUCUGAUCACCCCACUGCUACAAGAAAACACAGGCAGUCAGUGUUAUUGGUGAGUGCAGAAGUGGAAGCCAGGUUUCAGGGUAUUUUAACCAGAAAACCAGGUCAACUGGAGCUCAUAGACAUUCAACGACAAGUGCUGGAGAGUUACGGUAGUAGGAUUAUUACCCUAUUGACCCAAACAGGUCUGUGAGUCUAGGGUCUAACGUCUAACCUAAAUAAACAGAAACAUUAUGGACAAUAAGCAGAGCUUGAGGAGAAGGUGUACAGAAGGGUUGUAUGUAGGUUCUCAUUGGAGUUUACAUUAUUUUAUUUAACUGCUUAGUCUUUAGUAGUUUACUAUUUAAGGUGUGGGGUUGAAGAUAUGCAACACCUGGAGGAUAUAUAGGUACCAAAUUAUAUAUUUUGUAGGAUGAGAAAAGAAUGUGAUAAAAUCAACCAAUGGAUCACAGAAGUAUUUUUAUUGCAAUUUUUCUGAUUUAAAGGAAUAGUUCGCCUUUAAGUUAGUGUUAUAGAAUGGCUAAUGCUAAGCAACUUUUCAGUUGGUCUCCAUUGUUUAUUUUUUAUAGUUUGUGAAUUAUUUGCCGCCUUCUGACUCUUUUCAGCUUUCAAAUGGGGGACACAGACCCCAUUUUAAAAUCAAACGCCUUGUAAGGCUACAAAUGUAUUGUUAUGGCUACUUUUUAUUACUCCUCUUCUUAUGCAGACCCUCCCCUUCAUAUUUUAAUCUCUUAUUUAAAUCAAUGCAGGGUUGAUAGGGUAAUUUGGACCCUAGCAACCAGAUGCAAACUGGAGAGCUGCUGAAUAAAAAGCUAAAUAACUAAAAAAAAAACCACAAAAAUGAAAAUUGCAAAUUGUCUCAGAAUAUCACUCUCUACGUCAUACUAAAAGUUAAUUUAAAAGUGAACAACCCCUUUAAGGCCUCGGGAAGCCUACUUUUUUUGCACAUUGCUCUAUGAAAAUAUUAGUGGGGGGCACUGCAAUCUGUUCAUUAUUUAUAAUCUUUUCCUAUGUACAGGUAUAUUUCAUGUGCAGCUGUAGCACAAUAUCUUUGUUGUAUCUUUGUUGUGUCACAGCAUCUGGCUAUGGUCCCCAAGGACCCUGUAAAGUGUGUGGCUGAAAACUAAGCAGCUGCGACUUUCCUACGUACCUUAAAUUAUAUGGUCUCAUUUGUUUAAUUUUGGUGACUUGCAAUAUCGGUGCACAAGGUGAGGCAAUAUUGUGAGCUACACCAUCCUUUUUUAUUUAAUCAGACUAAAAGCACAACCUACAUACAGGGUGAUCUUUUACAUUGAUUGAAAAGGAGCUUUAUAACUUGGGCAAAAAUAAUGUUAAAAAAAAUGUUGUAAAAACUACAACAAAAAACAUGUCUGAAUUAAAACAUUAAAAAGUCA